AUGGGCUCCAAAACACUCGAAAAUGAGGGCCGCAAUGGUGGUAGUGAGCCGUCGAGCUCAAUCAACUCCAAUGCCACUGGUGGAGAGCCACGAGGAGUGCAUCUGUCCCGCGACGGUGACGGUAGCCUUGGAGAUGAUGGCGGCGACGACGACGGAGAUGAUGAACACGAGGCCGGCGUUACUACCGUAUCGCUGAUUGACCAGCCUGCAUUGGAUGCCACCUCCAAGAAGAAGAACAAAAAGCGAAAGAAGUCGAAGAAGAAGACUUCGUUGCUGAAGCAGUCAUCCCCUCCGCGGAUUCCCCUGAGCGAGCUUUUCCCUUCCGGCCAGUAUCCGGUUGGUGAAAUCCAGAGCUAUGCACCCGUGGACAACACGGCCCGCACCACUUCCGAAGAACUUCGAUACAACGGUCGCACUCAUCUGGAAGAUGACAGCUUCUUGAAUGAUUAUCGAAAGGCCGCUGAAGUGCACCGCCAGGUUCGACGGUGGACCCAGGAGACUGCUCGCCCUGGGAAGACCCUCACGGAGAUUGCCGAGGGCAUCGAUGACGGCGUGAGGGCUUUACUUGACAACGAUGGACUUGCGCCCGGAGCAGGCCUCGUUUCUGGCCUGGGAUUCCCGACCGGACUAGCGCUGAACAACUGCGUUGCGCACUACACUCCUAACCCGGGUCAGAAGGAGAUAGUCCUCCAAUCCAGCGACGUCAUGAAGGUUGACUUUGGCGUUCAUAUCAAUGGUUGGAUUGUUGAUAGUGCAUUCACCAUGUCAUUCGAUCCAACCUAUGACAACCUACUCGCGGCCGUCAAGGAGUCGACGAACACCGGCAUCAAGAAUGCUGGAAUCGACGUCCGAAUCAGCGAUGUCAGCGCUGCCAUCCAGGAGGUGAUGGAAAGCUAUGAGGUCGAGAUCAAUGGAAAGACAUACCCCGUGAAGCCCGUGCGAAACCUUUCGGGCCACAACAUCAAGCAAUAUCAGAUCCACGGUGGAAAGUCUAUUCCAUUCGUCAAAACUAAAGACCAGACUAAGAUGGAAGAAGGAGAAAUCUUUGCUUGUGAGACAUUUGGCUCGACGGGCAGAGGCUCAAUCAUUGAUGGUCCUGGCGUCUAUGGCUAUGGAAAAGACCCAUUCGCGCCGAAGAGAUUUACCUCGCAUCUGGCCUCUGCUCGAUCUCUCUACCAGAAGAUCAACGAGAAUUUCGGCACUCUCGUGUUUUGUCGUCGAUAUCUCGAGAGGCUCGGUGUUGAGCGUUAUCUGGCAGGAAUGAACAACCUUGUCUCGCAAGGCGUGGUUGAAAUGUACCCGCCUUUGAUGGACAUUGAAGGAUCGUACUCGGCGCAGUUUGAACAUACGUUCCUGCUACGCGAAUCGGGCAAGGAAAUCAUCAGUCGGGGCGAUGACUACUAA